GUUUUUUCCAGCAAGUAAUUUUUUACACGGCUGAAUUCAGACACCUGCCGAUGAUAAAACUGUGGCUGGGCCCCGUGCCAGUCAUCGCCAUGUUCAAAGCAGAAACUGUGGAGCCAAUCUUAUCUAGUUCAAAGCAACUUGAUAAAUCCUAUCUGUACACGUUCCUAGAACCAUGGCUUGGCCUGGGACUUCUUACAAGUACUGGAAACAAAUGGCGCUCCAGGAGGAAAAUGUUAACACCCACCUUCCAUUUUACAAUUCUGGAAAAUUUCUUAGAUAUCAUGAAUGAGCAAGCAAAUAUAUUGGUUCAUAAGCUUGAAAAACAUGUCAACGGAGAAGCAUUUAACUGCUUCUUUUACAUCACUCUUUGUGCCUUAGAUAUAAUCUGUGAAACAGCUAUGGGCAAGAGUAUUGAUGCUCAGACUAAUGAUGAUUCCGAGUAUGUCCGUGCAGUUUAUAGGAUGAGCGAUGUGGUGCAUAAAAGAAUGAAGACGUUUUGGCUCUGGCCUAACCUUUUGUACGCCAUGUUUAAAGAAGGAAGGGAGCACAAAAGGACCCUACAGAUCUUACAUAAUUUUACCAACAAGGUCAUCACCGAACGAGCCAAUGAAAUGAGAGAUGAAGAAGGUAAAAGUGACGGCAGGGGCACGACAGUCCCCAACAGAAAACGCAAGGCUUUUCUCGACUUGCUUUUAAAUGUGACUGAUCAUGAAGGGAACAAGCUAAGCCCCAAAGAUAUUCGAGAAGAAGUGGACACUUUCAUGUUUGAGGGCCAUGAUACAACCGCAGCAGCAAUAAACUGGGCCUUAUAUCUACUGGGUUCCUAUCCAGAAGUCCAGAAAAAAUUGGACAAUGAACUGGACGAAGUGUUCGGGAAGUCUGAUCAUCCUGCUACCUUAGAAGACCUGAAGAAACUAAAAUACCUGGAGUGUGUUAUUAAGGAGACCCUUCGUCUUUUUCCUUCUGUUCCUUUGAUUGGCCGUGAUAUUAAUGAAGAUUGUGAAAUUCUGGGCUACAACAUCGUGAAAGGCUGUCAGGCACUCCUCAUUCCCUACGCGCUGCACAGGGACCCAAGGUACUUUCCAGAUCCGGAGGAAUUCAAGCCAGAGCGGUUCUUUCCCGAGAAUUCCGUAGGACACCAUCCAUACACAUACGUGCCCUUCUCUGCUGGACCCAGAAACUGUAUAGGUCAAAGGUUUGCCAUGAUGGAAGAAAAGGCUGUUCUUUCCUGCAUCCUGAGGCAUUUUUGGGUAGAAUCCAACCAGAAAAGAGAAGAUCUUGGUCUGGCAGGAGAGCUGAUUCUUCGUCCAAGUAACGGCAUCUGGAUCAAGUUGAAGAAGAGAAAUGCAGAUGAACCAUAACUCUGUUGUCAGGCUGUGCCCUUAUCGUGAAUUAGGUCUUUCUUUAAGGGAAGUUUCACAUUUACAAUUUGUAGAUCAUUAAUUCAAUACUCUUAACCCCCAGACCUGAUUUUUUCUUGUCUUCAGUUACCUUGGGGUCAAGUCUUCCAAAGAGAGUUUUUUAUAUUUUCAUCACCACCAUUAUCUUACCCCGGGUUUUGAUCCCAAAAGGAGAGUUAACUGAUGUCCGUACCCAAAUAAACAUACAAGUUUCUCAACAGAGGGAUCCAUAGGCCAAUUCAGGUUCAGUUGACAGACUCAAAGGAUAUAAAUUAAUUGAGGUUCUAGAAUUUUUCAAGGUAUUCUUGUCAACUCAGCAAUACAAAUAUACAUGUGUCCAUACACAUUUAAUUUGAAAAGGGUGAGUAAGUACUUAGACUUGAUCUGAAGUUUUAAAAAUUGUAUCAGUGGCAUCAAUUAUGAGAAUUGUUGUGGUGAUACUUUUCAGAUUUUAUCAAGGACAGUUCAUCACUUAUAACUUGACUUAUAGGGUCUGUUCCUGUUUCCCUUUUAACCUUGUACUUAUGGCCUUCGUUUCAUUUCAUUCUACAUAACAUCACAACUACCUUUACCCAUCAGAUGUUAUGGGGAGAGAUUCCUCUUGCUAAUCUCCAAUCCCGCACAGUGCCCCAUAAGGUUGAUUAAUGGCUUUUGGAGCUGGAAGCACCUUAGACCUUACCUAGUUAUACUCCUUUCCAUUAGAAGUAAUGGGAUAAGAUAAAUGAGAGGUAAGUUUCUGUCCAAACAGAAAUACUGGUGGGUGACAGGGCUGGAAAUAGAAGUCUAGACUCACACUCAACUCCAGGCAUAAUACACUUCUACAAUAUGCUAUUGUUUUAGGAACCUCAGGUCUAUAACUGGAUGUGUCAUUAGAAAGCAGAUCUAGAAUUCUUUCAUCAUUACGGAAAAGAGAAGCCGUGGCUGUAUAUUUACUAACUAAGCAUUGCCUCACUUAAAGGUUAAACUUGCAGGAAAUUCAGUCCUCCAGAAUAUGCCUGUCAGGCUGGUCACUGACACACAUUCCCUGGAUUUUAAUCCCAUUGACAAUAUCUCUACUCCCUCGCUCAGUGACUUUAAAAAACUUCUUUUAAUAAAUAACUUUAAUGAGAUUUUCUUUUUAUUGAUUUUAGAGAGAGGGAAGGAGUGAGA